CCUCCCCUCCCCAUCUCGCCUUUUCUAUGUGGCUCUAAGAAUACCUCAUCCAAACCUCAAUCACGUAGGAUUGCGUAGCGAGAGGAAAUGCACGAAAGGCACUCAGUUGGCUCGGCGUCAGGGAGAACUACCGAUUCCCUCAUCUGCUUUUGAAGUUGAUAUUUUUUGAAGUUAAUUUUGUUUUUAUUGGAACAUGGAAAUAUUCGACAUUUAAGUAUUUUCAUCGUUUUGUGAAGACAUUUUUUUACGUGGGAAACGAAUAUGUUUGAAUUACUGAAAUUGUAUUUUGUCGCUACUCUAAAACAUCAUUAUGAAUUUGCUCAGUGGCUCAGGUUGGCGACUAGUGCCUCGAGUCUCGGAAAGCAAUGCUGCGACUGAACGACCGUGCGCUGGGCUGAGCUGGCUGCUGUCUCGCGGUUCCGCUUGGCAGCUGUUUGUCGUUGAACUGAAAAGUUGCAAAGCUGUGAAUUAGACGGUACUUGACACUAAACUGGUGAAAUAGAAAGAUUCAGUAUCCCCAGGAAAAGUCCGAUGCAUCCUGUCCAGCACAUUUUUAGGAUUUAAUGUACGUCCGUUGACAUCGUUUUAGAAAUGCAACUACAUGACAAUUCAGAAUGGAACGCACUUUUGCGAAAGAUGGUUUGUGUCUUUAUAUUUGUGUGUCAUGCAAUAACCAAUGAGGGCAUGCAGUUGUGAAAUCAUUAUAUGCGUUUAUGCGUCCCCUCUCACUCUAAACUCUGCUGAAAUGGAGAACACCGUCUUCAGACAUUGAAGAGGCUAUCACCGGGAUAGUGUGGAAAUGUUAUACUUUUGACUACUCUGAGAAGAUGCUAUAUUUUAAAGAUUUGGAUUCCUCGUUUUGGGAAUAUCAGGUGCGAGGAUAACGACGAGCAACUGCAAUCAACAGAACUGGUUAUUACAGUUUUUAUAUUAUUGCGCGCAGUCAUUACAUCUGCCUCUGUGGAACACCUCGAUUAGCCCGCGGGGGAGAUGGCAGCGGCGAUCGCCAGCUCUCUCAUCCGACAGAAACGCCAAGCUCGGGAGUCCAACAGCGACCGUGUUUCCACAUCCAAACGCCGCACUAGUCCGACUAAAGACCCUCGCUCUCUGUGUGACAGGCAUAUUUUUGGGGUUUUUAGCAAAGUUCGUUUCUGCAGCGGGAAGAAAAAAACUGUUCGGCGGAGACCAGAGCCGCAGCUGAAAGGCAUUGUGACCCGACUGUUCAGCCAGCAAGGCUUCUACUUGCAGAUGCUGCCAGACGGCAACAUUGACGGGACCAAGGACGAGAAUAGCGACUACACCCUGUUUAACCUGAUCCCGGUAGGACUGCGAGUGGUGGCCAUCCAGGGGGUGAAGGCUGGACUCUAUGCAGCCAUGAAUGGAGAGGGGUUCAUGUACACUUCAGAUGUGUUCACUCCGGAGUGUAAGUUCAAGGAGUCUGUGUUUGAGAAUUACUACGUCAUCUACUCGUCCACGGUGUACCGGCAGCACGAGUCUGGCAGGGCCUGGUUUUUGGGGCUUACCAAGGAUGGUCAGGUGAUGAAGGGGAACCGGGUUAAGAAAACCAAGCCUUGCUCGCAUUUUGUUCCCAGACCUAUUGAAGUUUGCAUGUACAAGGAGCCAUCACUGCAUGAAAUUGAAGAGAAGCAGCGCUCCAGGAAAAGUUCAGGAACUCCCACCAUGAACGGGGGCAAAGUGGUGAACCAGGACAAUACAGAGGAGGACGGGUCUUAGCUGCACCUUGGAAGACCACCCUGGAUCCCAACUCCUUCAUUUCUUACACAUUGUUCCAACAAAAAUGAAAAGAAGACAAAAAACUGAAUUCUUGCCUGUGAAAUAUUUUAGACAAAAAGGAAAAAUAUUUGAAAUCAGGACAUGAAUUUACAUUUUAUGCAAAAGUCUGCUGUGUGGCAGCAGAAGGUUCCUCUCUUCACUACAGUAUUAGUGUUUCAAAGUUAAAACUCCCAAACAAGCUUUAAGCCAUGUUAGACUUUCACGCAUUAAUUUAUGAAUGCUACGGUUCUUUCACCUGCUUAUAUGUGUUGUUAUUAUCAUUAAUAAUUAUAUUGUUAUUAUUCAUUAUUACUUUUAUUCCUCUCAUUAUUAUUAUGGUUUACUUUAGGGCAGUUAGGAGAGUUUUUGGUAUAGGAUGCAUAACUGCUGAACAGUCGGAGAUGUUGGAGAUGCCUCUCUGUUUGAUAGAAUCACACUGUCCUGAGGGCUUUCUGGGGGUCAGGGAGCUCCCUGUCCAUCCGGUAAUGUAAUCAUAAACUCUCUUAGAUAUGUGUGAUCAAAGAUGCUUUCUCCAAGACAGUGGUCUCUCGAUGGGGAUUUCAUGUCCUGGGUCUUGCAAAGGAUCAUGGGAACUGGAGAGGCGUCUGCACAUGUGCCCAUGAAAGCUACAGCCAUAUGCAAUGCUAAAAAGGGAUAAAAGAGGUUCUCAAUUUGUUGCCUUCUUUUUUUCUGUCUGCAGAUGCCUCGCCCCAAAAUUCUAUCCGAUCAAUAACAUAGAGAA